GAACAUGAAACUAUUCUUCUGAUGCAGGGGCCUCCAAUGGACCUCUGGCCGACGAUCCGAUCUGGAGAAAUUGUGCCCGAGUGGAAAGCUGGGAGGGGAACAAUCUCUGUUUGAACCCGCGAGUUUAUCCUGCCCAUUUCGCACGCUACUUGCCUUCCGCUGGAAUGACCCCGCGAGGGGUUGGCCAAGAUUGGGGGGAGUAAGUAUCAUCUUUGUACCACGCCGCAGCUUGUCCAGAAAUAGAAGCAUGGACGUUUGAAAGCCAAAGACUUGCGUCUUCGAGAUCUUCCAAGCUUCUUCUUUUUUUCUUCUUUCACCUUUUGCCUCCUGCUCCCUUUUGCUAUCGUAUCAUACCGUAUUCACCUCGCUGCCUGUGCCAGAAAUGGUACUUUUAGGGUGUACCAUACUAAUGCGUUAAAGGGGUUCCUAGAUUUCGCUUUGUUUAUUCUCACCGGCGGAAUUAUUGUCGCCCUUUAUUUUUGGACGCCUCCCCCCUCCCUUCGAUCGAUCCAACCUCUGUUCAUACCAACAGCUCCGUCGCGCAUACAGUAUCCACCGAGCAGAGAAAAAUGACCACGGACCUGCGUUUGAGUGUUCACAGACUGAGUGUUGGCUUCCGCGACAAAACCGCGGAGCCUUUGCCCCCCGGUCUGGAGAAGGAGAGAAUCAUCGUGGGCAUUGACUUUGGGUUGGUCAUCCUCCAUGUUUACCCCUGCAAGUUCUCCCCACUGACGCCAUCCAGGACAACACACAGCGCGGUAGCAUGGGCGCAGACAUCGUCGCCGGAGGAGUAUGAAGUCAUCACGCACUGGCCCGGUCAGUCGGGAAAGGAUUGGGGGAAGGUUCCUUCGGAUAUCUCCUACACCACCAGUCGACCGGCUUCGAAUCCCGCACAGGGGACAGAUUCAUCGCUGUCGCCAACUCCGAGUGUAAACUCCGAGAGUAAUAUCCCGCGACCCGAGAGCACGAGUAGUGAGGGUGCAGCUUUGGGGUUUAAAUGGUAGGAUCUCCGCCGGACAUGGGUAAUUUCUCAAUGGCUCACGAAGAAUCUAUAGGGGCUUUGAGGUGCCUCCCACAGACCCGCAGAAACUAUCAUGGAUAAAGAUUUUACUGGACCCAUCUCAACCCCGCCCCAAAUUUGUCAACCCCAAGAAAGCAACCCUCCCGAGGGGGAAAAAGACAGUGGAUAUUGUUACUGACUACCUCAGCGCUUUAAAAUCCUACACUUUACAGACCCUUGAACGACGGCUCGGGAAGGAGAUAGUUCAAAAGUCCAAGGUAGAAUAUGUGCUUACUGUACCUGCAGUAUGGAGUGAUAAGGCUCGACAGAUGACGAUGGAAGCGGCUAUUAGGGCGGGACUGGGUGUUGGUGCGGAGGAGGGCGGGACCGGGUUGCUGAAGUUAAUUACUGAGCCGGAAGGAGCAGCGGAAUAUGCGCUCCGGAGUAUUCAGCCCAAUUCUAUGAAGGUUUGUUUCCCCUCCUUUUUUUUUUGACUUGUUGGUUUUUGUGUAAAUACUUGCUGGUGGGGUUGGGGUUGGUAGGGUGUGGUUGAUCCAUGCCCCUGGUAUGAGCUUCCCGGAGGAAAUUGCACCAGUGAAGGAAACGCACUUACCUCAGAAUAAUUAGGUUGGCGAUUGCUUUGUGGUAUGCGACGCGGGUGGUGGGACAGUCGAUCUCAUAUCUUAUCGUAUAUCUUCCUUGAUACCAUUGCAGCUGAACGAAGUGGCAAUCGGAACUGGCGCAUUGUGCGGUGCUGUCUAUUUGGAUCGGCGGUUCGAAGAUUUCAUUUCCAAACGGAUUGGGAAGGAUAAAUUCGAUGGGAUGGACCACAGGGCUCGGUUCCAGAUGAACCAAUUUUGGGAAACCUACGUCAAGAGAGAAUUUGUGGAUGAUGAGAGGGUCCGAAAGGAUGAGGAUGACGAGGGGGAGGAGGAGGAGGAGAAUGAGAAUAGGCUAUUUUGGGUACCCGUGAUGGGUGUCCCGGAUGACGAGGAUAAGGGGAUUAGGGGAGGGUUCUUGAAGCUUUCGAGGUUAGUCUGGUCCCGAGUGAUGAGUUAUCUGGGCACUAACGGGGGUUGGGAGGGUAGGAGGGAAGUGAAAGAAAUAUUCGAGCCCAUAGUUGCACAGGUUCUGGAGUUAAUAUCUAAGCAAGUCAUCGAGGUUCUCAAGUCCGGGAAAGGACCGAUAUCAGUAAUAAUCUCUUGUUGGCGGUGAUACGCUCUUGUGCUAAACCUCAGUUAGGCCAUUCUUCUUGUGGGUGGAUUUGGUUCUUCGGAAUAUCUCUAUCAGCGAAUCAAUAGAUGGGCGGCCGAUAAGAUUGAUGUUAUGCAACCACGGAAUGCUUGGACGUAAUGCUUGUCUUAUUCCGGAUUACUUUGCAUGCGCUGAUAGGGAUGUAGUGCGGUUGUACGAGGUGCAAUAAUUCGUGGACUCCAAGGCGAUAUCGCAGCCGUUCAGUCACGGCUCAGUCGGCGUCACUACGGCGUCGUCCACGACUCCAAGUACGAUGAAACGAAACACGAUGAAUCCGAGAAGGUCUGGCAUCUACUGCGAUGUGAAUGGGUGGUGAAGAACAGGAUUCAGUGGUACAUUCGACGGGUAAUACCCCUUGGGUGUAUUGGCGGUAUCGAAUCUAUUGACACCCACAGGGCGACGUCACGACAGAGCACAGGAAAAUAUCAUUCCCCUUUUAUCGAACAGUUGCCGAAAGCGAUUUAGUCGGCGACACACACCAGCUCAAGACCGAACUGUGGGUAUGCGAUGAAGAAGUAGCUCCGGAUAAGCGAAUCAAGGGCGAUCAUUGUAUUUCCCCACUUUCCCCUUACUCUACUUGAAUGAUGCUGAAAAAAAAAAUGCGGAAGCUGUCCGAAAGUUAUGUGUCAUGACUUCAGAGCCAGUUCCCGUUAACCGCUUCACAAAGCACACCAACGAGAGGGCCGAGACUUUUUAUCGGGUCGACUACUCGCUCAACAUGACAGUCACAUCCGGCGUAGUGGUGUACGAGAUGAGCUUGGAAGGGGAGAAGGUUAGUGUUGGGAGGGUCACAACGAAGUAUGAGUGAUUGCUAGCACCUGACGGGUAUGAGAGGCUGUUUGAAUAUUUGUCCCUGUUGGUAUCAACAUUUUUUUCGCUAACCUUUUUUUUUUGUAUCUGUGCCAACCUGUGGCGCUGAGAGUAUCAACUUGGAGCGGGGUGGAACGAGGGGUGAAGCACUUCUCCUUUCCGCAUCCGAGGGGGUUGUACUUUGCACCAGUUUAAUUAUCAAAUUAGUUGCUAUGAUAGGAAUGCAGACGCGUUGAAACCUG